CUCGGUAUGCCGCCGAUCCUGCUCGACUUUGAUGCGUCGACGGUGACGAUCUUCUGGCGAAACACAGGGGCCACCAAGUACGACGUGCAAUGGAAGAAGGCCCAAGACGAUGGAUGGACGUCACUGUCGUUGUCUGGGUCUCUCAUGAAGAAGAAGAACAUUGAGGCCGGGACGACAUAUCAUUUCCGCGUCAAGGAGGAAGGUGCGUCGUCCUUCGGUGACCCGCUCGAGUGGGUGCACCCUAACGUCGGCUCCAAUCAGCAACCCGUGGCACCACAGGUCAUUAUGGAGAUCAUGCCGAACGACGUGAAUCUCCUCAGCGCCACUGUGAAAUGGAACGAUACCACGGCCACUCCGCCGUUUGAAGUCCAGUACCUCCUCAUGGAAGGCAUCUCGGACUGGAUCACAGCCACAUCGACCGCCAGUUCGACCGCCAUCAAGAAGAAGAAUCUUCCAGCCAAAGGCGUUCCAUACGCGUUCCGAUACCGCGCCGUCACGUCGACAAAUCCGUUGUGGAGUCGCGCGGCAGGGCCAGUGCUGCCGCCCGCGCCGGCGUCGGCACUCACUCGUGCGAUCGCACCCACUUUGCUCACUCCAUCUGGCAGCAGCGUAUCGUCGCCUUCCCUCGGCGGAAAGGUCAUUGGCCUCUACUUUAGCGCGCACUGGUGCGGCCCGUGUCGCCAGUUCACCCCCAUGUUGGCCCAGUUCUACCACUCAAUGCAACAACUCGGUAAGCCUUUCGAAGUCGUGUUUGUGUCGUCAGAUCGAUCCCAGCGGGAUUUCGACGGGUACUUUGGCAAAAUGCCCUGGCUUGCUGUCCCGUACGAGAGCGACGAGCGCGAGGCGCUGGAAGCUCGUCAUGAGAUCCGGGGUAUUCCCACGCUCAAGAUCAUCAACACCCAGGGCGCGGUCGUCGACGCAGACGCGCGCCAGCGGCCGCUGACGGCGGCUACGUUUGAUCGAUGGUAUGCCCAGAGCUACAGCUCGUAAUCUGCGGCGUAAGCGUUUUGGGGCAAUCAUGACAAAGUUGAGGAUAGAUAAUAUUUCAAUCCCAGGAUAUAUGUAUUUUGUG